UAGACAGCGGCGCUGAUAAAAGGAUAAAACAAGCGAGAAACAUCAAGCUAGCGCCGAGCAGAGAACCGCGGCUCGGUCCAGAAACGCAGAGCGGGACCCGGUGGAUACAAAGAGGACACGCAGAGCAGUGGGUCCACACACAACGCGGACCGCUUUCUGGAGUACAACCAAGAUCUUUUUGUCCAACUUCUUCUCCCAACUCCGGCUGAUGUGGACUGAUUCAGAGCUGGGCCAUCAUGAUGCCAGUGAACUCUCUGGUCACUCAUUGGCUGACCAACUUAACACCAGCAGCAUCAUGUCAGUGAACCCCCCGAGCAGCAAUGACGCCUGCCUCAGCAUCGUCCACAGCCUCAUGUGUCACCGGCAGGGCGGAGAGAACGAGGGCUUCGCCAAGCGGGCCAUCGAGAGCCUGGUGAAGAAGCUGAAGGAGAAGAAGGACGAGCUGGACUCGCUCAUCACCGCCAUCACCACCAAUGGUGUCCAUCCCAGCAAGUGUGUCACCAUCCAGAGGACACUGGACGGCCGGCUGCAGGUGGCAGGCAGAAAAGGUUUUCCUCACGUCAUUUAUGCACGGCUGUGGCGCUGGCCUGACCUCCACAAAAAUGAACUUAAGCAUGUCAAGUUCUGCCAAUACGCCUUUGACCUGAAGUACGACAAUGUAUGUGUCAACCCCUACCAUUAUGAGAGGGUAGUGUCGCCAGGCAUCGUCGGCCUCAGCCUUCAAAAUACAGCAGCGCCGGGCAGCCUGAUCAAAGAGGAGUACAUCCAUGACUGUAUACAGAUGGACCUCCCGCCUGGCAUGCCUCUGGCCGACCACCAGGCGGCCAUGAAGCUCCCUCCUCCAGACCACUAUGGCCAGCUGUCCUCUGAACCCCACGGACCCCCACCGGUCACCCGAUACACCAACCUGCCCGUCUCACCCAAAGUGUCGGGCUCCGGCUCCAUGCUCCCGCUGCAGGGCGGCCACGGUGACGGCCGCCUCCAGACGGCGUCUCCACAGGCGUCUCCACAGGCUCAGGUCAUGACCUCGGCGCCGCGACCUCCGACCCCGACCCAGCCCCCUCCUCAGCAGCAGGCUGCCCAGCAAGCCUCGCAGCCCCCCCACCCACAGCAACCCCUCCUGCCUCCCCCCCACCCGGACGGCCAGAACGGCUACAGCAGCAGUAAACACGCUCAGAGCCAGGCGGCCUUCCACACAGUUUGGACCGGCAGCAGCACGGCCUCCUACACUCCCUUAGGUCCCCAGAACGGGCGUGGUCAUCAUCCAAACCACCACUGGUCCCAGCAUCAUGGCUCCGCCUCUUUCCCUACUUCUGUGUCCAACCAUCCAGGACCCGAGUUCUGGUGCUCCAUCUCCUACUUUGAAAUGGACGUCCAGGUGGGCGAGAUGUUCAAGGUGCCCUCCAGCUGCCCGAUCGUAACCGUGGACGGCUACGUCGACCCGUCGGGAGGCGACCGCUUCUGCCUCGGACAGCUGAGUAACGUCCACCGCACAGACGCAAGUGAGAGAGCGAGGUUGCACAUCGGUAAAGGCGUGCAGCUGGAGUGUCGCGGCGAGGGCGACGUGUGGAUGCGCUGCAUGAGCGACCACGCCGUGUUCGUGCAGAGCUAUUACCUGGACAGGGAGGCGGGCCGAGCGCCGGGCGACGCCGUGCACAAGAUCUACCCCGGCGCCUACAUCAAGGUGUUUGACCUGCGGCAGUGCCACAGGCAGAUGCAGCAGCAGGCCGCCACGGCUCAGGCUGCAGCGGCUGUGCAGGCGGCCGCCGUGGCUGGAAACAUCCCCGGGCCGGGCAGCGUGGGAGGCAUCGCACCGGCAGUCAGUCUGUCGGCAGCGGCGGGCAUCGGCGUGGACGACCUGCGGCGCCUGUGCAUCCUGCGGCUCAGCUUCGUGAAGGGCUGGGGGCCCGACUACCCACGGCAGAGCAUCAAGCACACGCCCUGCUGGGUGGAGGUCCACCUGCACCGCGCUCUGCAGCUCCUGGACGAGGUGCUGCACACCAUGCCGCUGGCCGACCCCGGGCCGGCCAACUGAGGACCCCCAAGUUCAAACUCCAAUCUGGAUUCUGAUCAAUGUGCACACACAGACGCACACGUUGCCAAAUAUGCUAUCUAUAGUCGAUACCACAAAGCAAAUCUACGGAGAGCAGGUGUCGAUGGUUUCCCCCGAUGCUUUAUAAUCUGAAGUCAAACACGAGGGAGUUGGAGCUCCGGAGGCGGAGCUUCAGACCUCCUCGUCUGAAGACCUCCGUGUGCACUGCAGGGAUCCAGGGAGGAGGUUCAGAAGCCCAGCUCCCCCAUAUGCAAUUUGGAUUUCUUCUAAUAGUAUUGAGUGUUCUGCACUCAUCCAUGGGAUACACACACGGAUGUAGAGCGUUCUCCAGGAGAGCAGCACCCCGACAGAUGUACAUUCACACUGACCACAGGCAGCACCACAGGUCUCCUCACCUCCAACCCACCUCAGAUGAGGGGAACCCGUCGUGUCUCUCUGUGUGGUGAUCCACACUGUUAGCAUUGAUAGCUGGUUAGCCCUCUUAUUAUGCGCCGCUCCAACUAUAUUAUUUUUGUACCAAAAGGCUCAAAGAAAAGCCCAAAACAUUUAGCUUUAAAGUCGUGAUGAAGCAGCGCUGCCCGCUGUGGAACCAAAGGGUCGGUGUCAAUCACCAAAGGCCAAAAUACCUCAUAACUACAGUGCAGUCACAUUUCCUCUUACACACACACACACACACACAUAUGGAGGACUCAAAAUGACUUAAGUAUAAAUAAAUAAAUAAAUAAAUGCAUGAAUAAAUACAAGAAUAAAUGAAUAAAUGCUUAAAUAAAUGUAUAAAUAAAUACAAGAAUAAAUGUAUAAAUACAGAAAUAAAUACAGCAAUUAAUAUAUAUAAGUUAUAACUCAACAGGACAUCAUUAAAUAAAUGUAUUUCUACA